GGAGCGAUUUGAAGUUCAGCACCAUGACUUUCUUGGUUUCUUUCUUUGAAGUUCAGUAAACCUCGAAGUUUGCAACUUGCAUCUCAUCAUUAACACCGCUUCAUCAUAAAUUUGCAAUUUUACUGAUCACUACUACAACAAAGCAACCAACAGUCAUGGAACAGAGCUCAUCUGCUUAUGUGCACGAUCAUCACGAGUCUGUCCUACGGUCUCAUUCCUGGCGGACAGCCGCCAAUUCUGCAGCAUACUUGCUACCCUCACUCAAGCCAGACAUGCAUAUCCUUGAUGUUGGCUGUGGUCCGGGGACGAUAACAAUUGAUUUAGCCAAGCUAGUCCCACAAGGGCAUGUCACUGGUAUAGAGCCGGUUCCAGAUGUCCUUGAUCAGGCUCGUACAACAGCCAGCACUCUCGGCGUGCAAAAUGUCCUAUUCAAGGUUGGCGACGUGCACGCCCUCGAUUAUCCCGAUGCCACUUUUGAUGUAGUCCAUGCCCACCAAGUGUUACAGCACGUGGUAGAUCCUGUCAUGGCUCUUAAGGAGAUGCGCCGCGUUACCAAACCCGGUGGGAUCAUAGCCGUCCGUUCCAUUGAUUUUGAGGCCAUGACUUGGUACCCUGAAGUUGAUGGUAUGAAGGAUUGGCUGAAUUUGCACAUCAAAGUCGCUCGUUCACUAGGUGGUGAGCCAAACGCGGGACGCAUGCUACUUUCCUGGGCGAGACAAGCAGGUAUUGACCAGGCUUGCGUGAAGGCCACCGCAGGCACAUGGUGUUAUAGCACCUCAGAGGAACGUGCAUGGUGGAGCAGUUUAUGGGCAGAUCGGAUUGUGAAGUCAGCUUUUUCCAGAAACGCUCUGGAAAGUGGGCAAGCUACCGAGGAUGAUCUGGCACGAAUGGGACAGGAUUUCACUACAUGGGGCGCGUCGCCUGACGGAUGGUUCGCCGUUAUGCACGGCGAGAUCCUUUGUCACAUCUGACGAGGAAUGUAGCUAUUAGUCCUCUUUUUACCUGAUGACAAUAUCUGGAUCACGGUGCUACGUUCGCUUGUUUCGAGUAUGCUAUCGCGGGUCUCGGUGAAAUUCUUUCAUUUUCGCUGUCCUCCCAGCUCUAUUCCGUAUUAUACAGUAACCCCAAUUCCAUUCUAAGGAACUGAUGUCGUUCACUUGAGAAGUCCAUAGACUUCGGGAAAUAUGAAACAACUCCAACCUUUGGCUUCUUUUCAGCUUCACAUAGUUACUCAGCUAUCAUUCCGAUUACAAUCUAGGCGCUUUCACCAGUGU